AUGCUAACACUUUGGGGAACGUUUGCUGUAAACCAAGGGGUUCAACUUGAAUUACAACUUCGGCAAGGGAAAUUCCCCAUUAUACUUGCUGAAGGAUUGAACGUUAAUGCAUUCCAAGGGUUGUCACUGAGUACACUAUAUAACACAUCAAUUGAAGUUGAUCCUGUUGGCCACGUUGCAAAAGUCCUUAAUGAUUGGAAGGACAAAAACUCUGAACUCAUCUACAAGGAAAUUGUAGAUAAGACUUACCUUGAUUCAUUGCUUGCAUUGGUAGACCCUAUAAGGCAACGAAAAACAUGCCUUUCAUCUCUUGAAACUGGAUUUCAACAACUUUUGACCUACUUUUGUGGCUCUGCAUUGCAUUUAGAAACCAAUUGCAUGGGUGAGAGGCAAAAUUAG